AUGCCAUCAACUGACAUCUCGCGUCUCGCCACAGUCACUAUCCCUGAUGCGCCUCUUCUGAACACGUUGAUCUCUCGCUCUGGGCAAUACGGGAAGAAUAGACGCCCCUUUCUCCUGGCCCACGGCGUCACCGCCGACGUGGCAGAUUUAAGGGAGGAUCUGGAGAGGAUCUCAUCGCGAGUUCCUCGCCCGGAGCUCCUGACAUUAGCUGAAUAUGACAUUGCGGCGGUCAAGGCCACGCUGCGCUUUCCGCGGAUCGGCCAGCCUCUCGACAUGAUACGGGAGCUAGAUCUCCUUGUUGCUGCCACUGCCGCCUUCCGCCACUCGAACUGA